UUGCAAGACUUCUCGUUAAUCAUUGGUUAAUCAUAUUCACAUGAGUAUUAUUUUGAUUCAUAUUUUUGUAUGGAUUUCUUCUAAAACAACCUUAUUCAUGGCUUCUUGUUGCUAAAAAUAUCUAUCUCACUUGCAAAGUGCAACGUACAAUAAUUUUCCUUGUUUUAUUUGCUUAUUUAUGAUGGAUUCUUUUAGGUUAAUUGUUGGUAUGCUGGUUGAAGAAUUUGCUUAAUUAUUUUGAGGGAAACGAAUCAAAGUGUAGAGAACACAAUAGAAAAGAAACUUAGAGAAGAAAUUGCAAGUAUUGAAUUGAACAUUUCAGUGGUAGCACAGAAGAAUGAGCCAAAAAAGACCUCCCCCCGAUCCGAUUGCGGUGCUAAGAGGCCAUCGCGCAUCUGUUAUGGAUGCUUGCUUCCAUUGGUGUAAACCUUUAUUGUUUUCUGGUUCAACGGAUGGAGAAUUAAGGAUAUGGGACACGGCACAGCAUCGAACAUUAUCAUCUUCAUGGAUUCAUAGUGCAGCUCAUGGGAUUAUGUUUGUUGCAUCUGAUCCUUCAAUUGGAGAUGACAAAGUUCUUAGCCAGGGUAGGGAUGGAACUAUAAAAUUGUGGGAUAUUGGAAAUGGAGGACUUUCCAGGACACCCUCGGUUAUUAUCACCACAAACUCUUACCACUUUUGCAAAUUGUCAUUGUUGAAGAAACCCAUGACUCCGGUGAAUAAUGUUGAAGCAUGCAUCCAGGAGCAACAUGUUGGUUGUAGUGGCGAUGAGAUGGCAAACUCAUUGCUUGGAUCUAUGCCUGAACACCAGUCAAAAUUUUUAGAUAGUGUGCAGAUUGAAGGUCCAAAUUACGUGGCGGUUGCGGGAGAACAACCCUCUCAGGUUGAGAUUUGGGAUCUCAAAACUGCAGAGAGGUGUGCAAGACUUCCACAAACUUCUUCAAGUGGACUUGUGAGUGAUUCCAAAAGUGCGAGAGGAAUGUGCAUGGCCUUACAAGCAUUUAUUCCUCCAAUGUGCCAAGGAUCCCUUCACAUCUUGGCCGGUUAUGAGGAUGGGACUAUGGUGUGGUGGGAUAUGAGAAAUACUGCAACACCCAUGACUUCUGUGAAGUACCAUUCAGAACCAGUUCUAAGUUUGGCAGUUGAUCAAUCAUGCCAUGGAGGUCUCUCCAGCGCUGCAGAUGACAAGCUCUUUUUGUUCAGUAUAGAUCACGAUAUGGGAACUUGUGUGGUCAGGAAAGAAAUUAGCUUGGAACGUCCUGGAAUAGCAAGCGCUGCAAUCCGUGCAGAUGGCAAAAUAGCAGCGACUGCUGGUUGGGACCGACGGUUGGUUGUGCACUCAAACUGGCUACUCUUUUCUUAUUUCCAUAUUGGCUACUCUUUUCUUAUUUUAUAUUUUGUUGAUCAUGGUUUUAGUUUUCUCUGUAGUUAUAUUUGUUUGUUAUUUUACAUUUCUAUAACAUUGACAACAUGGUUAUUAAAAUCACGAUUCUAUGAUUUUACGAUGCAAAAAUUAGCGAGCGAUUUGAAUCGUAGGUAGGAUCUUAAGUUGGUAGAAUUAUACGAUUCUAAUUAAAAUAAAACUUGUAGAGGUAGAAUCAUAACACGAUUCUACGAUCCUACAAUUUAACGAUUCGAUUCUACAAGUUUAUUCUUAAUUUUUUUUUAAUUUUUCUUAAAUUUAACGAUCUAUCAUCAUACAUUUUAAAAAAUAAAUUUCUUCAUCGGAAUGAAGAUUUAAACUAAUUAUUAAAUAUUUUUCUAUUCCGUUCUUAAAAAUGAAGUGAAUGAAACUUUAAUUAAUAAACUUAAACUUUUGCGGUGAAAAAUUAUAACUAGAUAGUAAAUUUAAGUUUAUUGUAGAGUCUUACGAUUCUACGAUUCGAUUCUACAGGAUUGAAGGAUUCCAACUAGAAUCCCGAUUUUAACAACUUUGAUUGACAAUCUAAGCUAGGUCACUGCGGUAGUGUGCUUCUGUUAUGGUGUCAAAUUUGGUGUACUUUGUGAAGUUCAUUCUGGAAAGUUUCUGUUACACAAUUGAGUUACAAUCAUGCUUAUUAAUCUUUUAGGUUCAUCCUCGUCGCUAAUUUUGUUAUAACCCGUAUUGUUGGAUUAAGAUUUUUACGUUGUUGUGUGGCGGUCUUGAGUGGUAGUCUUCUUGGAUUCUCAUGCUUCAAUCAAACGUUUCUAUACACAACUCACCAUUUCUUGCUCACUGCUUUUCAUUAGCAGACAUAGACUUUGUAAAAAACUAGACUUGUCAUCUCAUCCAAACAAUGGAAAGAAACCUCUUGGAGAUGAUGCAUUAUCAUUUUACGUCUGACAAAAACAAAUUGAAUUGACUUGGAUAUGAUAUUGGUCAUGCAUAGAUCUAAAUCUUCCGUUCUUUUCCGAGUAUGAAGUACACACAAUUAACUAGUGUUACAUUGAUAUCUAAUUUGCCUUUUACAUUUGCAAUUCUCACAAGAUGGGUCAAUAUCAAACCAAAAAUGGCCAUAAAUUCGCUCGUCUCAUUUCGCAAUUUGCUAAGGUUUGCCGAAUCUGGUAACACUGCAGUUAACCAUUCCGAAGGAUAAUGGUUUCUAAUCAUACAUUAUACUAAAAAGCUUGGAAAAUUCCAAGUGUCACAACUAAAUUGAGUUUGUCAAAUUGAACUCAUUUAUUGGAUAAAGCAAAAUGCAAUGGCAUUUUGUCUUGAUUAAUAUCUCUACCAUUAAAGUAUCUUUAACUAGCAUUUAUUUAUAGUUAAAUUGAGUAAAUUAGAGAAUAUAAUAUACUACAUAAUUUAUUUUUGACAAUUUCCAAAAUUACAGAGUUAAUUUAUACAUAUAGCUGUCAAAAUUGAGUAUUUCUACUGCUUAUUAUCUCUGGCUUUAUUUUUUAAUGUCAUAUGUUUAUGUAUGUCAAUGCUAAAAAAUCGUGCAUUGCACGAGUUUCUACACUAGUAUCUUAUAAUUGUCUGAAAUGACCCCCUCCUGAACAUAAUGGUCUAGACCUACACGAAGACAGAUUUGGUAUCAAUAGGUACAAGCUAAUGUAGGGAAGUCAGGAUGUAUGGAACCUUUUUCUCCUAAUGUUCUUGUGUGCUUUGUCAAUAUGUUCGUGUCAUGUAGCAUUAUCGAGAUGCAAAUUCUCUUUGUUACUGCUAUGAAUGUGAUAGGCAUUGCCAUUUCUACCUAUGCUUGUCCAAGAUUGUGCAACUGUCGGUUCGAUAUCUUGGUCUGAUGUCAGACGAACAGGAGUUGGAUCAAUGGAGUAUGGCGCAUUAAAAAUAACUGUCUGACAUUGUUAUUUACUUGGGAACUGAACUUCUGUUGGAGGAGGAAAGAGUUAAGAGUAGAUGUAAGAAGUGAGGCUUAAAUGCCCCUUCAGCAUCUUGCGAAUGAAUUUUAAGAAAUUAUUUGGGGAAAGAUGAUGGGGUACAACGCUGGUCAUAUGGAUCUUUGAUAAAAUUCUCUUAGCAUUUAGUUCAAAGCCAAUUUGGUAGUUUUAUUUAUUCUAUGGUUCUGACCUUCACAUAUGCCUCACUGUUGGCUGGGGUGAUGAUUAGUUGAGCCAAACUUGAGCUACAGGUCGGUCAACUUGCGCUCAAUGCUCCGACAUUCCAUGCUCUGGUUGGCAUUAUAGUUAACUUGACCGUAAUUUAAUGCUUAUGUUACAGUACAUCCAACCUGACGUUAUAGUCAACUUGAGCUAAAGGUUCGCCAGGUACAUCCAACCUCACUUUACCUCGCCUAGGUAGGUGCCACUCCAGUGGCAACGAAGUAAUUUAUUCUUGAUGUUACAGUACAAGUCAUGCUCCUUUGUUUUAGUUUUUCAUACUUGACCCAGUUCUUGAGCGAGAACUCAAACAAAUUGACUUGAGCAAGCUCAGAUUUGACUCAAGCAUUCUUUAGUUGAGGUUUUCCCAAUUCAAGCUCUGAGUAGUUUGUGAGUAGAUUCAGAUCAUCAUCCCUGCUCCCCCAAAUUUAAAUCAACUACGAUUGCUUCCAUUACAACUUUCUGGCGGGUGUUUGAUUAUAUAAUUCUUUAUUCGUAUUUCUUCACUGUAUAUCAAGGAGGUUGUUAAGCUACACUUGACCCAGUUUGUUUGAUGGCAGAGUCAGGAUCUACAAUUAUCGUAAAGGCAAUGCUUUGGCGAUACUGAAAUAUCACAGUGCUAU